AUGACGACCUCUGAAAUUACUGGUCUUGUAAAGUCGAGGCUGCCGUCAACAAUGGCGAAAGAUAGAGAUAGAGAAAGUCGGAAGAAAGAGAAAAAGGAGAAGAAAGAGAAGAAGGAGAGGAAGCGGCGUGAGGCGGAAGAACUCGCGGUGAGGGAGAAGAAAAUCUCUAAGAAGCACAAAUCCGAAUCCAAGAAGGCCGAGAAACCUGAGAAAUCUAAGAAGAAAUCGAAGAAACUCGAAGUCGAAGAGAAGCCACAUAAGAAAUCGAAGGAGAGCGAGAAGAAACGCAAGAGAUUAGAUGAAUCCGAAGACGAGUCAGAGACCGAAACCGCCCGUUCCGAUGAUUCCGAUGAUUCGCUUCCCGUUACGGUCCCGAUUGCUACCACCACCACUAUCACCACCACCACCACCACAAACGAGUACGAUUCGGAUUUCGAGCUCGACAAGGAAGACAUCAAGCACCUGCUGGAAUCAUACUCGAAGGAAGAGCUUGUUAACCUCAUAUACAAAACCGCGGAAAAGGGUUCACGGCUGAUCUCCGCCGUGCUUGAAUCGGCGGAUCGAGAUAGCGCCAGGCGCAACAUAUUCGUGCGUGGUUUCGGGUGGGACACGACUCAAGAGAACCUCAAGGCGGCUUUCGAGGUCUACGGGGAGAUUGAGGAGUGCACGGUGGUCAUGGACAAGGACACUGGACGAGCCAAAGGGUACGGCUUCGUGAUGUUCAAAACGCGCAAAGGAGCGAGGGAGGCGCUGAGGAACCCGGAGAAGAGAAUGUACAAUCGCACCGUGAGCUGUAACCUAGCCGCGGCUAAGCAGUCUGGUCCUGGAAAGCCGCGAGAACCGGUUGAAUCUGUGAAGAUUGAGCUAACGCAUUCGGGUAACCAGACUGAAAUGGCACUGCCUGGGCUGGAUUUGGCUCAUGGGCUUGUGCAAGGUCUCGAUAAGGGACAUCAGCAGCUGAAUAUGGCAAUGUAUGCUGGACAGAACAUGCCCUUUUACGGACUAGCUCAGCCUCCUCCUGGUUAUAACCCCAUGUAUGGUGGAUUAAUGGGUAAUCAAAUGUUUCCUGGUUUAGCAAACUAUCGUAUGUUUGGGCCGGGUAUGAUGAACCAGGGGCCACCGAACCAUAUGGGAAUGGCGGGGCAAUAUAAUGGUGAGGUUAAUGGUGUUGGUGGUCCUGGCUUUGAUGGUGGUGAACGUGGUGACGUCUUUAAGUUCCAAGAUCCGAUGCUACUCGAGAGUUUGUUGAAUAUGAAAAUAAGUGAACAUUAUAAAGGAUAUAAAACCGUAUUGAACUCACGACCCGACAAAGAAAAACCGAAUACCAAAAAUUCAAAAAUCCCUAAACUUGACUCUUAUCCUCUUUCUGCAAUGGCGAAAACCCUAGACAAAUCUAAGAAGCGCAAGCUCGUGAAAUCCGAAUCCAACAGCACCGAUAAGAAGCAGAAGGUUAUCAAUAAAUCUGCUAAUCACCAACAACCUGAAUCCUCGACGCCGUAUUCCACUUCAAGCUCCGAUUCGAGCGGCUCGGAGUCGGAGAAAGAAUUCGACCCGGAGGAGCUCCGGGAGCUUCUGCAGCCCUACUCCAAGGAGCAGCUCGUCGACCUCGUUUGUUCCGCUGCGCAAAUCGGAUCGUCGAUCUACUCCGCCGUCGUGGAAGCCGCCGACCGUGACGUCACCCACAGGAAAAUCUUCGUUUACGGCCUUCCAUGGGAGACCACUCGCGACACUCUUUUCGGAGUCUUCGAAGGCUACGGCGAGAUCGAAGAGUGCACCGUCGUUAUAGACAAGGUCACGGGCAAGGCUAAAGGUUUUGGAUUUGUUAUGUUCAAGACGAGGAAAGGAGCAAGAGAGGCGCUCAAGGAGCCGAAGAAGAGGAUUCUUAACCGAACGGCGACGUGCCAGCUUGCCUCGAUGGGGCCUGCGGCGUCGGGGAAGGGGCAAGACCAGGCGGGUCCGGUGAAGAUAAGUUUGGGUCCGAUGGCUAAUCAUGGUCAGAUCCAGCAACAGCAAGCGCAAGGGCAAAAUAUGUUUGCCGGUAGUGGAAUGGCUGCAUCGCCGUUUAUGCUCGGGAACCAAUACCAUCCGGUUUAUGGAACCGGGAUGUUGGGGAAUCCAGCUUUAGCAGCAGCAGCAGCCGGAGGUUACAUGUAUCCGAUGUUGGCGAAUGCUUUGACCCAAGGUGGGUUUGGUUCUGGUGCGUUGAGCCAUGAUUUGUUACAGUCGAGUCAGAUGGGUGGUGUUGGUGAGCCAGGCGUUGGUGCUGGUCUAUCAUCUCUCGGGUCUUACUUUAGAGGCCAGAGUCUGCCUAAUGCUUAUUCUGAUUCGGAUAACGGGAAAAGAGGGAAUGGUAAAGAUUCGGAUGCUGGUGGCUCAUUGGCUAAAGAACAAGGAAAUGCGAUUGCUGGUACCAUUAGAUCUAAUAACGGUACACAGUAG